GCUUAGGAUUCUUCAGACUUCAGAUAGGAAUGAACCUCUCCACUCAAGAUUCAAGAAGAUGAUUUUACUCUAGUAGAGAUAAGGAUAGCUAUAGGAGAAGAUGGGAUUCAGUCAUGGACUUGUUGCACUCUUUCUCUUUCUCUGUGUCUUGGUUUGGAGCUGCUCUGAGACUGUCCACUGCAAAAACCAAACCCUCCCUCAAAGUGAAGUGGUUGCACUGAAGAAGAUAGGGGCGAAGUUGGGGAAGCAUUGGGACUUCACAGUAAACCCAUGCACUGGGGCCUCCGGUUGGGUGGACCCCAUCUCCAACUGGCCAGUGGCAGCCAAUGUCACGUGCGGCGCAUGCAAGGGCAAUUAUUGCCACGUUACCAGCAUCAUCCUUACAGGACAGAAUCUCACUGGUUCCCUGCCUGAUGAGUUCUCUAAUCUCACCUUCUUGCAAGCCAUAGAUCUCCGUAUGAAUUAUCUGAAUGGUACUAUUCCUACAGCAUGGGCUUCAACCCCUCUUAUUGACAUUGAGCUUAUGGGAAAUUGCAUUACUGGACGAAUUCCAGAUGAGCUGGGUAGAAUCACCACCCUGCAAUACUUAUCAUUGGGAAGCAACCUAAUUGAAGGCCCGCUUCCAGAGACUCUCGGCAAUCUCACAAACUUGUUGGGACUCGAAAUUACAGCAAAUGCCAUCACUGGGAGGCUACCAGAGUCAUUGGGGAAUCUAAAAAACAUUACUUUCAUCUAUAUCACCGGCAAUCCCAUCACUGGCAAAAUUCCUGGUUUUAUUGGAAAGUGGACACAACUGGAUACAUUAGAGAUGCAAGGCACCUCCUUGGAAGGCCCUUUUCCUCCCAUCAUUUCUACAUUGGGAAGCAUAAAAAAUCUGGUAAUUUCUGACAUGACAGGAGGUAAUGGGAAGUUUCCACCAUUACAAAACAUGACAAAUCUGCAAAGAUUGGUUUUGAGGAACAUGUCAAUAACCGAUGAGCUACCUACCUAUAUUGGGAAUAUGAAAAUGCUCCUCAUCUUAGAUUUGAGUUUUAAUGCCUUGACUGGACAGCUACCAGGCAGCUUACAAAGCCUGUUGUAUCUUGAAUACUUGUUUCUUAACAAUAACAAGCUAACUGGAGCAAUACCAGAGUGGAUGCUGAAAACUGGAUUUCACAUUGAUAUAUCUUAUAACAGUUUUAACGCAUCCAAUGCACCCACCGAUUGCUCUACGGACAUUGUGAAUAUGGUAUCUAGUUAUUCAUCAUCAAAGGACAAUUUGAUAAACCCAUGUUUGAGGAGGAACAACCCCUGCUCUGGGAUACCAACAAAUCACAACUUGUUUAUAAACUGUGGCGGCCGCAAGAUUAUCAUUGAUGGGAAUGAGUAUCAAGAAGACAUGGAGGCUCAAGGACCAUCAUAUUACAAUUCUUAUAAUGAAAAAUGGGCUUUUAGCUCUUCCGGUUAUUUUCUGAUCAGCACCCAAGACAUGCCAUACAUUGUGAAAAAUGUGUCGCCUAUAUCAGGCGCAUCCAGUGCCAAUCCUGAAUUGUACACAACUGCUCGUCACAACCCCAUCUCACUUACAUACUAUGGUCUUUGCCUUCUGAAUGGAAAUUAUACAGUGAACCUGCACUUUGCUGAGAUAAUGUUCACUGAUGAUCAAACUUAUUCCGCUGUAGGAAGGCGCUUCUUUGAUGUGUCUAUUCAGGGAGGGAGGGUCUUGAGGGAUUUCAAUAUUGCAAAAGAAGCUAAUGAGACAGGUCGAGCAAUCAUCAAGAGCUUCAAUGCUAUGGUAAGUAGCAACACUUUGGAGAUUCACUUGCAGUGGGCUGGGAAAGGGACCACGACAAUUCCUCGUCCUGGAGUAUAUGGACCUCUAAUUUCAGCAAUUUCAGUUACACCCAACUUUAAGCUGAAUACCGUUGAAAAUCAUGAGUUACCUAAAGGGACAAUUUUGGGCAUUAUUGUGGCUGCUGGUUGUCUGGUGAUUGUCUUGGUCUCAGUCUUGGUCUACUUUUUCUUGAGAAGAAAAGAUGCUGAAAACAAUGAACUUCGCGGCCUAGAGUUACAGACUGGAAUUUUCACCUUAAAGCAGAUCAAAGUUGCAACCAAGAACUUUAAUCCUGCAAAUAAGUUAGGAGAAGGUGGUUUUGGACCGGUUUACAAGGGUGUUUUGCCAAAUGGUUCUCUGAUCGCUGUGAAGCAACUUUCUUCAAAGUCUAGGCAAGGGAAUCGUGAAUUUAUAAAUGAGAUAGGAAUAAUAUCUGCUCUACAGCAUCCCAAUCUUGUCAAGCUUUACGGCUAUUGCAUUGAGGGAAAGCAGUUAUUGUUGAUCUAUGAAUUCAUGGAAAACAACAGCCUCGCAAAUGCUCUUUUCGGUCCUGAAAGAGACCGACCAAAAUUGGAUUGGUCAGCAAGGCAGAGAAUUUGCCUGGGCAUAGCUCGAGGCUUGGCAUAUCUCCAUGAGGAAACAAGGUUGAAAAUUGUUCACAGAGACAUCAAGGCAACAAAUGUGCUGCUUGAUAAACAUCUCAAUGCGAAAAUAUCUGACUUUGGUCUGGCUAGACUUUCUGAUGAAGAUGUAACCCAUAUAAGUACGAGGAUUGCCGGCACUAUAGGAUAUAUGGCACCUGAAUAUGCAAUGCGAGGUUACUUGACGGACAAAGCUGAUGUUUAUAGCUUUGGAGUGGUCAUGUUGGAGACUGUCAGUGGGUUGAGCAACACUACCUACAGGCCAAAGGAAGACUCUGUGCAUCUUCUUGACUGGGCUUAUAUUCUACAAACGCAGGACAGGUUACUUGAACUUGUUGACAAGAGCCUUGGUAAAAACUACCCAGAGGAAGAGGCAAUGAUGCUGUUGAAUUUAGCUCUCACAUGCACCAAUUCUGCUCCAUCUCUUAGGCCUACAAUGAUGACAGUGGUGAACAUCAUUGACGGCAAGAAGGCUGUGCCGGUGUUAUCUAGAGAGGACACAUGUUCAAACAAUAACCUCGGUACUUGUUUUGAGGCCUCUGAGAUGCUCUCUGACCAUAGCCAGUGGACCAGUUCAUCAGUAUCUCAUGACCCGUGGAUGAUGUCUUCAGUGACUACACGUUGAAGACCUAGAAGGCAAGAAGACUCAUGGAUUUCAUCAACCUGCCGGUUUGUUUCUGAUUAAUAGGAUUUAAGUAUUAUAGGUUAUGAAUAUGAUACCCACAAUGCUAGAUUAAAAUAUUUGGACAUUCUUGGACGAACAGCAUAUUUCUGAAAGGAUAUCUGCAGAGUUGGACAUAGAAGUCUCACUUAUAUAUAUAUAUAUAUAUAUAUAUAUAUAUAUAUAUAUGUAUGUAUACAUAUUUAGGGAAAUGUGGACAUUGUUCAAACUAUGAGGAGAAGUUUGGAUUUCAUCGAGUCUAGAGGGGUGAGAUGACUAACCCCUGAGCGACGCACAUCAAUAUGUGACCAAGCUGUUCAACUCCUGUUGGGUUAUUUAAAAAGCAUAACUUUCUAAAACACUCUUUAAUUGGUCCAGUUUCUUUUAUGUUUUUCCUCA